AUGUUCGGCUACAAAGCGAAGAACGAGUUCGUUGUCGAGAACCGGACUGUGGUUAUCACGGGCGGCUCAGAUGGCAUGGGUCGAGCUGUCGCAAUGCAGCUGGCCGAGAAAGGCGCCAACGUCGUCAUUGUGGCUCGUACCGUCUCGAAGCUUCAGGCUGCACUCGAAGGAAUCACUUCUGCGGCAACGAACCCGAAGCAACGCUUCCACUUCAUCAGCGCCGAUCUCACUGACGCCGCAGAAUGCGAGCGAGUCCUUGAAGAGGUCACAGCGUGGAACGACGGCAUGCCCCCCGAUGUUGUCUGGUGCUGCGCCGGAUUUUGCACCCCGGGCUUCUUCGUCGACGUGCCCAUCCAAACUCAACGGCAACAGAUGGACACCGUAUACUGGACUGCGGCUAAUACAGCCCAUGCCACGCUCAAGAAGUGGCUUGCUCCCAUCCACCCAAGUGCGCAGAUGAGCCUUCCCAAACGGCAUCUCAUUUUUACCUGCUCCACCCUGGCAUUCGUUCCCAUCGCCGGUUACGGACCUUACUCUCCGGCCAAGGCCGCAAUACGCUCUCUUUCCGAUACCCUGAGUCAGGAGAUCGAGAUGUACAAUGGAGCCCGCGCCCAGAGACAUCGCAACGCAGCUCCUGCUGCAGACGUCAAGAUUCACACCGUUUUCCCCAUGGGCAUCCUUAGCCCUGGAUUCGACAAUGAACAGAAACUGAAGCCGGAAUUGACGAAAAAGCUCGAGGAGGCGGACAAACCGCAGACCCCCCGCGAGGUCGCUACGAUUGCCAUCGAUGCUCUAGAACGCGGCGAGUAUCUCAUCACCACCAUGCUCAUUGGUCAUGUCUUGAAGGGCACUGCCCUUGGUCCCAGCCCCCGAAACAGCCUGGUCGGCGACACACUGUUGAGCUGGCUGAGCAGUCUGGUGUUCCUGCAGGUUAUCCCGGAUCUUCGAGGCAAAGCUUUCAAAUGGGGGAAGACCAAUGGGCUCUCUAAUGGCAACUAG